AUGACUUCUUCAUCUCCUCAACGUCUUAAAGGUAUUCUCUUAAUAACGGUACUUAAAGCAAAAAAAUUAAUUAAAAGUGAUUGGUUUGGUGAAAAUGAUUGUUAUGCAGUUCUUUCACUUGAACCUCUUUCAACUGAAGCAAAAGUAAUGGCAGAAAAUAAAAAACAACAAACAGAAACAUACCAAAAGACACAAAUUCAUGAUGGUUCAAAUCCAAUUUUCAAUGAGAAACUUGUAUUUCCUGUAUCAGAAGAUCUACAAACUUUAUAUGUUCAAUUAUGGGAUUCGGAUCCAGAUAAAGAUGAUCUUUUAGGUCAUGGUACAUUGAAUUUAAUUGAUGAUGAACAAGGUGGUCAAUUUGAUACAAAUACAAAUAAAGAAUGGCUUCAUACAGCAAAUAUUCCAUUAGCUACUGGAAAAGGUGCCGAUGGCGGAACAUUAGAACUUGUUCUUCACUUUAUUCCUGAAACAGUUGCUGGUUUUAUUGGAAAAAAAUUCGAUGCUGCUCAAGCAGAACUCAAGAAAAAAAUAACACAACAAAUAGUAUCAAAAAUGACUGAUGCUGCUUCAGACAAAGUUCGAGGAUAUAUUGGAAUUAGUGAUUAA